CUUCACGUUUGAAAUUAUUUUAGAAAAUCCAAUAGAACUGCACAGAGUAACAGUAGAAAUUUUAGACAUAAAUGACCAUGCACCAACCUUCAAAAAUCAAGUGAUUAAUUUAGAAAUUAGCGAGUCGGCAACAGUCGGAUCUCAUUUCGACUUAGAAAGCGCUUACGACCCUGACGCAGGGAUUUACAGCUUGCAAAAUUAUGUUCUGUCACCUAAUGAGAAUUUUGUUUUGAAGCAACACUCAAAUGCGGAUGGAAUUAGAUUCGCUGUAAUGAUUUUACAAAAGGCAUUAGACAGAGAACUGAAUCCACACGUAUCUUUGAAGCUAAUAGCACUAGACGGGGGCACUCCACAGCGAUCUGGAACAUUGAAUAUUGAGAUCACUGUUCUUGAUGUGAAUGAUAAUCCUCCUGUAUUCAAUCAAUCAGUAUACAAAGCUACUGUUGCAGAAAACGAACCCAUAGGUACAUAUAUUACCACUGUGAAUGCUUCAGAUGCCGACAGUGGAUCUAAUGGUUUAGUUACGUAUAGUUUUUCUAAUGUAAAGGGACAAUCUGCCGAGAAAUUUGAAAUUGACAGCUUGUCGGGUAAAAUAAGUGUGGUGGAUAAUAUUGAUUACGAAAAAGAAAAGAAAUUUGAAAUAAGGGUGAUAGCCAAAGAUCAGGGUGGUCUCACCGACGCAACCAAAGUUGUUGUUGAAGUCAUGGACAUAAAUGAUAAUGCCCCAGUUAUAAAUAUAAUGUCUUUUUCCAGCAUGAUUUCAGAAGACGUCUCUCCUGGUACAACUAUCGCUGUUUUUAAUGUGAAAGAUGCAGAUUCCGAAAGAAACGGGCAGAUAACUUGUUCAAUUGAUGCUAAUCUUCCCUUCAAGAUCCAAUCUUCUCUGACCGAUUAUUACAAUUUGCUCUCAGAUGUAGUUUUUGAUCGCGAAAUUAAACCUGAAUAUAAUCUAACAAUAAUUGCAAAAGAUUCAGGCUCACCUUCUCUUUCAACCAAAGCAGCUUUACAACUACGAAUUUCUGAUGUAAACGAUAAUGCUCCAGUCUUUUCCAUACCAAGUUAUUCCGCUUAUAUUGUUGAAAAUAAUACUCCUGGUAUAUCAAUAUUCUCAAUUAGUGCCAAGGAUUCUGACUGGAACCAAAACGCCAGGAUAUCAUAUUUUAUUGAGGACGCAGAGAUUAUUGGAAACCCAAUUUCGUCUUACAUAUCUAUAAACUCUGAAAGUGGAGUUAUCCAUGCAGUUCGCACUUUGGAUUAUGAACAAAUGAAACAACUUGUUUUUACUGUGCGAGCGCAAGAUGGAGGCUCUCCUCCUCUCAGCAGCAACGUGACCGUGAAAAUACUGAUCCAGGACCAGAACGAUAAUCCUCCUCAGGUUCUGUAUCCGGUCCAGACUGGUGGCUCUGUGGUGGCUGAAAUGGUUCCUCGUUCAGCAGAUGUGGGUUAUCUGGUCACUAAAGUGGUGGCUGUUGAUGUGGACUCUGGACAGAAUGCCUGGCUCUCCUAUAAACUCCAGAAAUCCACAGACAGGGCGCUGUUUGAAGUGGGCUUACAGAAUGGAGAAAUAAGAACUAUCCGCCAAGUGACUGAUAAAGAUGCUGUCAAACAAAGACUGACUGUUAUCGUGGAGGACAACGGACAGCCCUCUCGUUCAGCUACAGUCAUUGUUAACGUGGCGGUGGCGGACAGCUUCCCUGAAGUGCUGUCGGAGUUCACUGACUUUACACACGACAAGGAGUACAAUGAUAACCUGACUUUUUACUUGGUGUUGGCACUGGCUGUAGUUUCCUUCCUCUUCAUCACAUGUUUGGUGGUUAUUAUAUCAGUGAAAAUCUACAGAUGGAGACAGUCUCGCAUCCUGUACCACUCCAACCUCCCUGUGAUUCCAUAUUAUCCUCCACGUUACUCAGACACUAUGGGAACAGGAACUCUUCCACACGUGUACAAUUACGAGGUGUGCAGGACUACUGACUCCAGAAAGAGUGACUGUAAGUUUGGCAGAGCUGGUAGUCAGAACGUGCUGAUAAUGGAUCCCAGUUCUACAGGAACGAUGCAGAGGAUACAGAAUGAGAAGAGCAUUCUGGAUGAACUAGAGUCUCCUCUCGAGAUGUAA